CAAACCGUCCUCCUGAGAUUCAUUCAUUCAGAAACGAACGUUACCGACACCGACGGAUAGGACAGUCCGACAGUGUGUGUAUCUAUCUAUAUCUAUAAUAAUAAUAUAUAAUACAAUAUAAUGGUGAUGGAGAUGAACGACCCCAUGGAUCUGGUGAGGCUAAAAUGUUCGGUCCAAACCUACGAUUGGGGACGAAUCGGUCACGAUUCACUUGUUGCUCGUUUAUUCACAAACAACAAUUGUGAUAAUGUUGAAUUUGAUGAAAACCAGCAUUAUGCUGAGCUUUGGAUGGGCACUCAUGAUUCCGGUCCCUCUUUCGUAGUCGACGAAAAGGACAAUGUGACUUUGAAGUCGUGGAUUUUGAAUCAUCCCCAAGUUUUAGGUGAUGGUGUUGUUGUUGAUAAGUGGGGAAUUGACCUCCCUUACAUGUUUAAGGUUCUUUCGGUUGGACGGGCAUUGUCAAUGCAGGCGCAUCCUGAUAAGGCAUUGGCGGGGUUUCUUCAUACAUUGAAGCCAAAUGUGUAUAAAGAUGCAAAUCACAAGCCUGAAAUGGUUUUGGCUGUAACGGAAUUUGAGGCCUUAUGUGGGUUUAUUAGCCCCGAGGAGCUUGAAGCUGUGCUUGAAAAUGUUCCCGAGAUCAAGGAAGUGGUUGAUGGUUCAUAUGCAGACCAAGAUUUACCUGUCAACAAGCAAGACAAGGAAGCGAAAGAUAUGCAAUUUCUUCAAUCAAUAUUCAUUAAACUCAUGUCAGCUGAAAGUAAAGUGGUUUCUGCAGCAGUGUCCAAACUGAUCAAUCGGAUAAAUUUGGAAAAGAAGAUGAGGCAGCUAACUAGCAAGGAAGAACUGGCAUUGAAGCUUGAAAAUGAGCACCCACAUGAUAUCGGGGUCAUUGCAUCCUUUCUCUUUAAUCACGUGAGGUUGAAUCCGGGUGAAGCUUUGUAUAUAGCACCAAAUGAACCUCAUGCAUAUUUGGGUGGCGACUGUGUUGAGUGCAUGGCAACUUCAGAUAAUGUUGUGCGCGCUGGUCUUACUCCAAAACACAGGGACGUAAAAAUCCUCUGCUCAAUGCUCACAUACAAGCAGGGGUCCCCAGAAAUCUUGAAAGGGGUCCCAUUAGAUGCGUAUACCACCAGAUACAACCCUCCUUUUGAGGAAUUUGAAGUUGAGCGCUGCAUGCUUGACCAAGGUGCAUCAGUCGUUUUCCCAGCAGUACCCGCUCCUUCCAUUUUCUUAGUCCUUUCGGGACAAGGAUCCAUGUGCAUAUCAUCAUCUUCACCAUUGUCAACAUCAUCAUCACCGUUGUUAUCACCAUCAUCGUCUUCAUCUUCAUCAUCAUCAUCAUCUUCAUCAUCAUCACCAUCUUCAUUAUCGCCAUUGUCAUUACCAUCAUCUUUAUCGGAAGAUAUAGUGCGUGGAGGGGAUGUUUUAUUUGCUCCUGCAAAUACAGAGAUUCAUGUGAGUACAGAAUCCGAGUUGCAUUUGUAUAGAGCUGGAGUUAACCACUUAAUGUUUCCAAAAGUGUCGACAUAACAUUGAGGAGUUGGUAAGUAACAGUGUUUUCGUGUGUACAUGUGUAUCAUUAUGUGUCGUAAUCUUCAUAGCAGUAACUUAAAAUAACACCUACCUACAUAGUUGUCAAAAGUGAUAUAAACAAUGUCAAAUCCAUAAGAGAAACAUACGUUUGUCAUAAUUUAUUUUUUAUAUGUAUGUCUUUGUAAUUUGAUUUAUUUAGAUGAUUAUAUAAAUUCA